CAAAAUGGCCUCUUAUUAACAUGAAUCGUAUCUGUAUGAACCAUAAUUACAGACUUCAGGCAAUUUGGACUGUGAUUAUUACUUUCACUUAGAGACUAUAAACAUGACAAGCUAUGGUACAUUCCAGCAUGGAACUGGAAGCUAUUGAAGUAUAGUAUUACACUGAUAAAUGCAUUUGACUAGGACCAACAGUGCUUCACGUCUGCUCACCAUAGGAAUUUUGAUUUUGCUGGAGAUAAAUGCCGUUGGAAUCUAACUCAUUUCUGGUUGUGUUGGGCAACAUUAUGAGGGGGUGUUGAGAAUGUCAUCCUACGGAGCAGCAGCGUAUAGUCUUCGCAACCGGCGUAAAGGUGAUGACAAGAUAAUGGUUCCACGUGUCACUUCAAUGACUUCACAAGACGUCGGCGUGGAACUUCAGGAUUUUUCUGAAUCCGCUUCCAAUCAGAACCAAGAACCCAGCAGACAGUCUGACAGGGCAGAAAUACAUACAAAAAUAUCUCAACUACCAAAUGGGGAUGCAUUUGCAAGGACGUCUUUCAGCAACCAGUUGGAAGAUUCCGACAAUGAUGACAUGACAACCAGCCUCACAACACCACUGCUUGCCGAUGAUGAUGAUGAUGAAAAUGAAAAUGAUGGUGAUGGUGAUCGUACCAGUACCAGCGUGGCAAGGACUGCUGUCAUUGAUGAUGGGUCUGAGGAAAAAUGCUGGAGCAUAGCUUUCCAGGUGGCGCUCCCAUAUAUCAUAGCAGGAUUCGGGACAGUUGGAGCAGGUUUGGUGCUGGACAUUGUACAGCACUGGGAGGUGUUCAGGAAAGUGUCGGAAGUAUUCAUCCUCGUCCCCUCCCUACUGGGUCUGAAGGGUAACCUGGAGAUGACUCUGGCAUCAAGGCUCUCCACGCAGGCCAACCUUGGCAACAUGGAGAAGCGUUCCGAGAAGUUAAAAAUGAUUGGAGGGAAUAUGGCGCUUGUACAGGCUCAGGCGAUAGUUGUGGGUUUCCUGGCAUCCAUGGCUGCCAUGGUGAUGGGCUGGAUCCCGGAUGGGAAGUUUGAUAUACAACACGGCCUACUCCUGUGUGCCAGCAGUAUAUUCACAGCGUCAGUAGCCAGUUUGAUAUUAGGUGCAGUAAUGGUGGUUGUAGUGUUGGUGUCCAGCAAAUUGCGCAUCAACCCCGACAAUGUGGCGACCCCCAUAGCAGCAAGUCUGGGGGACCUGACUACUCUGUCCCUCCUGGCUGGAGUCAGUACUCUGCUGUAUGAAGCAAUAGGAAAACAGCACUGGCUGGCUCCAACUAUCAUAGUGUUCUUCAUGUUGCUAAUACCUGUGUGGGUUGUGAUAUGUGUUAAAAAUAGGUAUGUGAAUGACGUGAUCUACUCGGGGUGGAUUCCAGUGAUCAGCGCCAUGGCAAUCAGCAGCAUUGGAGGAUUGAUUUUAGAUUAUACAGUGUCAACACAUGAUGGAAUAGCGGUCUUCCAGCCCGUCAUCAAUGGUGUGGGCGGUAACCUCGUCGCAGUACAAGCCAGUCGUAUAUCUACAUCCCUACAUAAAAACUGUGUGAUGGGAGAGUUGCCAGACAGUGCGCCUCGUGGCUGCCCCAACCCUAUUUCAACUUUCUUUGGCAGUAGUACCAACUCCAAGGCAGCCAGAGUGUUGUUGAUGCUGGUAGUGCCUGGCCAUCUCAUCUUCCUCUAUGCCAUCUCCUACAUGCAGGCAGGUCACACGUCUAUCACCCUCAUCUUCGGGGUCAACUACUUGACAGCUGCAGUCCUUCAGGUGAUAUUGCUGCUGUAUAUUGCCAACUGGAUGGUCCACUUCAUCUGGAGAACGGGGGAAGACCCAGACAAUAUUGCCAUCCCAUACCUCACAGCUCUAGGGGACCUCCUUGGAACUGGUCUCCUUGCCAUAGCUUUCCAUAUUCUUUUUCUCGUUGGAGAUGGGGAUGCUGAUGUUGGAGAAUAGAGUGACCUCCCUUGACUGGUUUCUCUCAUUCUGUGACAGGAAGAUUAUGUUGAUGAAAAUGUAACACAGUGCUCAAGGACUACACAGCGUGCGCCUCACUACAUCCAUAAAUCCCUGUCCACGUCUUCAGUCGUAACAGUAGGAGCAUGAAAGAGUUGCUUCCCUUGAUAUGAAUUUGAAGCCUGUGAGGUUGCCCGUCACUAUUUGCAUAUCUAUGUCCUUGACCUUGAACUGUUUUUGGAGAGUGAAAGAGAACGUGUAAACUAUGUCAUUGUGUAUGUCAGUAAGUUAUUACACCUUAUUUGUCAUCCUAUGGGAUUUAUGAUUGACAUUAAUUUAACAUAAUGCUGUAUAUGGAAGAUGUCAUUGUAAUCUGGGCAACAGGACUGAUAUAUUGAGGAAUAUUUACCCAAGGAAACUAAAUGUAGCUAUCCAUUUCUAUAGUAAUGGAGUAACCUCGUGGAAUCUUGGCACAGCAGUUUGCUGUACAGACUUAUGUCCCUUAGCCAGCCAGGAUCCGCCUAUUUGUUCUCUGAUAUGCUGUUUUAUUAUUGAAAUAUUGUUCAACAUGGCAUUGACUCCCUCACUUUUAAAUUUGAAAUUGUUUUAUUAUUUUUCAGAAAUAUUGAGAGACAACUCAAUGAAAUCAAAGUUAUCAAUGAUGACAAAUGUCUAAAAAGCGACUAAAACACUUCGUCUGUUAAUGUAAGUGAUGCAAUAAGGUACUGAAUCAUUGAAAAGAGUAUGGUGUUGGGGAACCCUAGUUGUAAAGUGUUCAUCAAUCACGCCAAAAACCUGUCUUUGAUGAUUUCCAACAUGGGCAGUGUAUGUGAAGCCCAUUUUUUGUGUUCCCCGUUGUAAUAUUGCUGGAAAAUUGCUAUAAGUGAUGUGAAAACAAACUCACUCAUUGAAUAGGGUUUAGUCCUUGUUCUUUUCAGCAAAAGGUUCAGUGAGUUCAAAACACGUAAGCCAUAAUUGUACAAAGGCAGUUAUUUAUCUUGUAUAUAUCUAUAGCCAAAAACAGGAGGUGCUCACGCUAUAUAAUUCAGACAAAGCGUCAAUAUGUGUUAUUUUAAUGUUAAUCUUGUUCAUGUUUCCAGUCAGUUUUAGAUACAAUUGAAGGUUGUUAGUUACAGGGUUAAAUACACAGGGAGAAUCAGUACCUGGCUAAUGGGUUACAGGGUUAAAUACACAGGGAGAAUCAGUACCUGGCUAAUGGGUUACAGGGUUAAAUACACAGGGAGAAUCAGUACCUGGCUAAUGGGUUACAGGGUUAAAUACACAGGGAGAAUCAGUACCUGGCUAAUGGGUUACAGGGUUAAAUACACAGGGAGAAUCAGUACCUGGCUAAUGGGUUACAGGGUUAAAUACACAGGGAGAAUUAGUACCUGGCUAAUGGUAGUGUUUAUGCAUGUUAUUUUAAUGCUUUGAGGUUUUUUUUAUAACAGUUAAGCAGCUGAGAUUCCUUUCAAUAAGCUUUUAGUCAGAGUAACUGUUAUUUCCCUAAUAAUGCUAACUACCAUCUAAUUUUCUCUGAAUGACCAAUUCUUGAUAUUAAAAGUCAUUCCUUAAUACAUCAAUAGCUAUGAUUAUGUUGUUUCCCGGAAAGAUAAUUUGAAAAUCAAAUAAUUGAUAUUCUCUUCCCUUUGAAACAAGGACAAGGUGAUUUGGGGAAUUAUUUUUAGGUGUAUUUUUUAUGGUCAAAUUCAAAUACAUUCUUAUGUACUCGCAUCACUUGCUCAAGCAACGAAGGGGGCCGUGGGGUAGCCUAGUGGUUAAAGCGUUCGCUCGUCAUGCUGAAGGCCUAGGGUUUGAUUCCCCACAUGGGUACAAUGUGUGAAGCCAAUUUCUGGUAUCCCCCACCGUGAUAUUGCUGGAAUAUUGCUAAAAACGGCAUAAAACCAUACUCAGCCAGUCAGCUCAGUCAAGCAACGUAAACCUACUUUGUGCGAUAUAUGUCAUCUGUCAAUUCCUGUAACAUUUGCAUCAAUUGUAACCAUAAUCGUCUCAAAAACCGAUACACUGCAAUGUGAGAGUCUGUGAUACGAAUAAAUACUGUAAUGCUUCAUCCUGUAUCAGUAGUCUCAUCAGUUAGAGAUGGUGGCCUAGUGGUUCAAGCGUUUGCUUGUGACAACGAAGACCCGGGUUCGACUCCAUACAUGGGUACAAUGUGUGAAGCCCAUUUCUAGUGUCCUCGUCCUGAUAUUGCUGGAAUAUUACUAAAAGUGGCGUAAAACUAAACUCACUCAUCAGUUAGUUAUUUACACAUCAUUUGGAAAUGUUGGAUGAACCAGAAAUAUUCCCAUAGUUGAGAUCAUCUCUGUUUGGUGAAGGCUUUAUAGUGUUCAUUCAUUACAAGUAAAGUGUCUGUUUUAUCCAAGACGAAAUCUUAUCUAUUUUGUAAAUAUAGUCAUUAAGUCAGAGAGGAAAUAUAACCCAUCAUCCAGUGAUGAGAAUUUUCCGCAGAUCCGCGGAAUUCCGGGAAUUUCAUAAGGCCAAGGGUCAUUUUUGUGAAUCGACUAAAUCCGUUGACAAUUGUAUGAAUGUGCUUCAGCAGAUUUAAAGUUUUUUAAUGGUUGCUGUGUCCAUGAUAUUGUCAUUUCUGAGCCAGUUUUAAAGGUCUAAAAUGCCUAAAUAUCAGGAGCUUCAGCUAGUUUUCAUAGUUUUUCUCAAACUUCAUUCUCAUCCCUCAUUAUUAGCUAUUUACUGUUGGGCAGGAUGAUAUGAUCAAUUCAGCCAGUGAGCAGAGGGAUUCAGGAUUUUGAAUUUUGCUUGCAACUGCCUAAGUCAAAAGUUGAAAAAACUUGAAAAAAGCAUUGAUAAAUAUGGCAUCUAUAAAAGUGGAGUGUAGGAGAAGAGGGGGUGUUAGAUUCACUGUAGCCAAACUGCAUGCACUCCCUGUCUGCCUUGUGCUACUCACCAACUGUUAGAUUCAAGUCGAUGACUCGCUUCUAGAUGUGGAUGUGCAUACCAGGACAAGCACGUCCAUGUCUUCUUAAGAAGCAUCCAACUUUGUUAAGUUGUUGUACGUGUAUUUGAAAUACUGAGUUAGAUUUGGUGUGAUUAACUGUAUGGUCAGCCAUACUAUGCAAAAUUUGUCAUACAUAGUGCCUUAUACGAGUUAGAUGCUGUUAUGUUUAAUGUGUUGGUGUGUGACAGGAGUCGUGCUGCUGUGUAUGGAAGAUGGGGAUGUGGCGUGAGUAUUUCUGAGAGUGGUGUGAAACAAUAAUGAAAACAAUUAAGGAAACAUUGAGCUUUAUUUGUAGCAAGAAUUGACCCAAAACCUCAGGGCCUGCACUAGUCUGCUAGUCCUAUAUUCCCCUAGUCAGAGACAGGUGAAAAGUUUGAAGGAAAUAGUGAUAUUAUUAAAAUCAGAAUUUUUACUCCGAUACAAUACACAUGUACAGGAUUAUCUGAUGACAACCCAUAGCAGGGCCACAUCAUACCAGAGAGGGGGGAGUCAGGGUAGCCCAGGUGGUUUAAACCCAGGUUCGAUUCCCAACAUGGGUGAAGCCAAUUUCUGAUUGCUGAAAUAUUGCUAAAAGUGGCAUAAAACUGAAGUCCCUCCCUCCUUCACUCACUCACUCACUCACUCAUUCAUACCAGAGUAAUGGAUCGGAUGUUAAUAAGACUGAAAUUGUACAAGUGACUGACAAGUCUUACUGGAACUUCUUUUUUGAAAAGAUUUGAGUUCUGCUUAUGGUGCCUCUUGUUGCUACUGCUAGUAUUUAUAUAUACUAGUACUUGCCAUCAAAAGUUUAGACUCACUAGUGUAAUAUAGCCACUUACCUCAGGCAACUGUUCUAAACUAGAUUUGGCAAAGUAUUCCAUACU